CAUUUGUGUGAUGGUAGUGCAAUGGAGAAGAAUAACUUCAGACUAACAUUUUUGGUCUUUGUUGCUUCGCUUUUUGCAAUAACUCAAGCUUUUCCUGUCGAUUACGACAUCAUUGAAGUACCCAGAGGAAAUUCAAUCAACAAUCAAGAAAAUAGCAGCAUAUUUCUUAAAGCUUCCUCAAAUGAUCAUGAUUACAAUCGGGAAUAUGGGGAAAUAUUUAAAUCCAGCAAUAAAAGAAAUAUUAUAAGUGCAUUGCAAGCAAAAAUUCGACGUUCAAAAGCUUUGGAUGAUGUUGAGGACAAACUAAAAUUUAAUCCUGUUUUAUCAGUCGAUGCGCUUGGGAAUUUAAAUGGAUUUUUUGGCAACUUGGCAAACAAUAUACACAUAAUGGAGAGUAAAAAUUUGUUACCAAAUCAAAUGAGAUUAUUAGGGGACAAUGACAACCGAUUUCGUGAUCCAAUUGGACAUUCUAUCGCAUUUAUAAACACAAUUCGAGCAUAUAAAUCGCCACAGCCCAUUAGAAAACUUAUGGAUAAGAUGCCAGACACACAUCAAAAUUCUAACUUUUAUGAUCCCGUUUUAACACGAAUAGGACUCGGAAAAU